AUGGGAAAUCAAACCGAAGUGACUGAAUUUAUUAUCCUGGGACUUUCCAAUGACCGACAAAUGCAGAUUUUCCUCUUCUUGUUGUUUUUAGUUGUCUACCUAAUCACGCUUUUGGCAAAUAUGAUGAUCAUGCUGAUGAUAAGGGCUGAUCCUCACCUUCACACCCCAAUGUACUUUCCUGUCUCAUUUAUCCCUGUUGAUAUCUGCUAUUCCUCAUCCAUUGUCCCUAAGAUUUUGGUGCAUUUCUUAGCAGAGCACAAAACCAUUUCUGUCAAUAGCUGCAUUACACAGAUAUUCUUCAUUUUCCUGCUAGCUGUUACAGAAGGUUAUAUUCUCUCAGCCAUGGCUUAUGACCGCUACGCUGCCAUCUGUGACCCAUUGUGUUACAUGGAGAGAAUAAGCAAAGGGAUCUGUUUUCAGCUGGUGAGUGGGGCAUGGGCAAUAGGCUUCAUAGAUGCCCUGCUUAACACUGUUUUUGCCCUCAAGCCGCAUUUCUGUGGGUCCAAUCAAAUCAACCAUUUCAGUUAUGAGCUCCCUAGUCUAUUACAUCUGUCCUGCACUGAGACCCUCACCAAUCAAGUGAUGCUUUUUACUCCUGUUGUCAUACUUGGAUCAAGCUCCUUUCUCUUCACCCUGAUCUCCUACAUUCAUAUCAUCUCCACCAUCCUGAGGAUACGCUCUGCGGAGGGCAGGCAUAAAGCCUUCUCCACCUGCAGCUCCCACCUUAUUGUGGUUGGUUUGUUGUACUUGACAGCUUUUUUCCAAUACACAAAACCCAGCUCAAUCUCCUUUGUGGUUCUGGAUGAAAUGUUCUCCAUCCAGUAUAGCAUCUUGACUCCCAUGUUAAACCUCAUCAUCUACAGCCUGAAAAACAAGGAUGUGAAAACACCUGUAGGGAAAAUGUUGGGGAAAUUCAAAUUUUUCAAAUAA